ACGAAGGACGAAUGCUUAGCUUAACAAUAACCACUAGACGAGUUGAAGAAAUGUAACGGAAAAUUAUAAAGAAUCUCUAUCUUAGAGGCGGCCGUCUUUGAAGUUAUUGCAAAAGAGAUGUUAUCAUGUUAUAGAAAAAGGAGUAAUUGUUAUCUAGUUCAGUGAUCUCCACAAAAUAUCAGGCCGUCGGCUCAGUGCAUAAAUACAGCUGCAUUCGGUAACGAAGGUUACUCUGUACUGUAGUAUGUGGGUGACGGUGGCCAUUGUUGUUGUGUUGCUUUGUCUGAUUUGGGCCCUGACAGGACGGCCCAAGGGACUGCCCGCCGGUCCGACAUGUUUCCCCAUCAUCGGGAACAUCGGACUCUUCAGGCCGUCGGAGGCCACACAAGCGCACAGGAAAUUCCGAAAGAUUUACGGCGAUUUCUACUCGUUGAUGAUUUUCAACAGACCUGUCAUUUUCAUCAGUGGCUUUGACAAUAUACGCCAGCUUCUGGUCAAGCAUGGGGACAUGUUCUCCGAGAGACCAAGAGUGUAUCCAUCCGAAGUCAUCGCUAAGAGAAAAGGUUUGGCUUGGGCGUCCGGGGCCUGGUGGAAGGAACAGAGGACGUUCGCUUUGACGACUUUAAGGAAAUUUGGGUUUGGAAAGCGCUGCCUACAGAGCCAAGUCAUAGAGGAAGUGGAUUGUCUAAUGGAUGAAUUUGAGAAAUACGAAGGAAAGCCAUUCAACAUCCACUACCAGCUCAAAAUCAGUGUGUCCAACGUCAUUUGUUCUCUGCUGUUUGGAAAACGAUUCGAAUACGAGGACGCCAAAUUCCAUCGUCUGAUGAAGCUACUGAACACUCUGCUGACUGUCGUCAAUUUCUCUUCGCUGGCGUUCAUCUUCCCAAGCUUGAGUCGAUUCAGUAUCUUUAAUUUCACUAAGGCAAAACCCACAAUAAAAGCCCUGGCUGAGUUUGUGGAUGAGAGAGCCGAGGAGCACAGGGAAACGUUCGAUGAGAACAAUAUCAGAGACUACAUCGAUGCAUAUCUCCUAGAACAAAAGCAAAGGACGACCGAGGUCAACACGACGUUCACAGACGAACAACUAGCCGGAUCAGUCAGAGAUUUCUUCGCUGCUGGAACUGAGACCACCUCUUUAACACUGAGAUGGGCUCUCCUGUAUUUGAUGCAUCAUCCAGAGAUUAAACAAAAACUCCAGACGGAAAUUGAUACUGUUCUAGGUGGAGACAAGCCCACCAUGGAGAUUAAGGAGAGGCUACCAAUGGUGGACGCCUUUUUACUGGAGGUCCAACGUUUGGGCAACAUUCUUCCUCUGAAUCUCCCGCACACAACAAAGGAAGACUUUUGGUACCAGGGUUACCUCUUCCCGAAGAACGCCAUCAUGUUUUUCAUGAUUGACUCAGUAUUAUCUGAUCCUGCAAUUUUCCCCGAGCCGCUGAAAUUCAACCCAGAAAGAUUCAUUGACGCAGAUGGUCAAUUUGGGGGAGAGCAGAAGGACAAAAUGAUUCCCUUUUCAACAGGACGAAGAAUGUGUCCCGGGGAACCAUUGGCAAAAAUGGAACUCUAUCUGUUUUUGACCAGACUUCUGCAACGGUUUGACGUGGAGCCAGAGAACCCAAAGCGCCUUCCAUCACUGGAAGGGACCCUGGGCAUUACAAAUAUGCCGGAAACGUUCAACGUGAGGUUGAUCAAACGCUAAAUGAUCUGUACAAAUCUUCUGGUUGUUGGAAUCAAUGGGAUAUUUCUCUGUAUAGAAACUACGUGUGUUCCAAACAUGAAACAUUGCAUACUAGUAGUUAGGAAUGUAAACUAUAAAUGAGUACUUUGCUUUAUUAUUUUUAAAAUAUAUGAACAAAAUGUGAUAUUUAUGUAGAAGGCUGGUAAUGCUCGGGCAUUUAUUCCGCAAAUACUUUGCCUUGUUGUAUAGUCUCAUAGGUGAAACGUUUAAGUACGCAUCAAACUUGUUGACAUUUAUAUUUUCUCAUUUCUUUUUUUCCAAUGAUUUGUAUAAACAUGUAAUAUAUCUAAUAAAAUAUAUAUGCUUUUAAAAAUA